GUCGCCCGAAAGGGAUAAGGAUUAGUGCUGGCGACAAGCCGCGCUGCUUGGGACGGGAGAAGAUGCUGGGAUUGUCGCUGCUGGUGGGCUUCAGCACCGGUUUGCUCGGCUAUUACUGGGCUCGCGUCCCCAAGCGCCCCCUGCUGGUGGCUUCUCAGCCGUUCCGCUCCUUCCUGGAGAAAUAUUGUCCCAUUGUGAAUGAGACAUUCUACCCUACACCAUGGUGCUUCGAGGGCCGGCUACAGACCAUUGUCCGGGUCUUCCUCAAAUCCCGCCCGCCUAUCUCCUACCGCAGUGAGGUGCUACAAACUGCAGAUGGAGGGCAACUCUUGCUGGACUGGGCCAAUGAUGAAGAGAAGAGUUCAAGUUGCUCUGACCCAGAGAGGUGCCCCAUUGUCUUAUUCCUGCCAGGCCUGACGGGAAACAGCGAGGAAACCUACAUUCUGCACAUGGUGCGCACUGCCCAACAGCAGGGCUACAGAGCAGUUGUGUUCAAUAACAGAGGUUGCAAAGGAGAAGAAUUGCUGACCUACAAGGCUUUCUCUGCCAAUAACACUGAAGACUUGGAGCUGGUAGUGGCUCACAUCAAGAGCCAGUUUCCUUGCGCACCGCUGAUGGCAGUUGGCGUUUCAUUGGGCGGGAUUUUGGUGCUCAACUACCUGGGGCGAAAAGGCCGCGAGGCUGGGCUGGUGGCUGCCAUGACCUUCUCUGCUAGCUGGGAUUCCUUUGAGACCACCCACUCACUCGAGACCCCCCUCAACCUGGUGCUUUUCAACCAGCGGCUCACGGCCAACUUGCGGAACCUAAUCCAACGGCACAGGAAGGUCGUUGCCGAGAUACUGGAUGUGGAUCAUGUGCUGAAGGCUCGCAGCAUUCGGGAGUUCGAUGAGCGCUACACAGCCGUGGCCUUUGGGUACAAUUCAUGCGAGGAGUACUACCAAGCAGCUAGCCCAUGUCACAAAGUGCAGCGCUUCCACGUGCCUGUGUUGUGCCUUAAUGCCUCUGAUGACCCUUUCUCCCCUCAGCAUGCUAUUCCUCUGGAUGCAGCUCAGGAUGUGCCCACGUUGGCCUUCCUGGUAACAUCCCAUGGGGGCCACAUAGGCUUCCUGGAGGGCCUCUUCCCACGCCACAAGAGUUACAUGGACCGUGUCUUUGCCCAGUUUGUGGGCGCCGUCUUUGAACAUCAAGAGGAACUGCAGGCUGCCACAGCAGCUGAGGGAGGCAAGGAGCAUGAACAGGGCCAGACUGCUCAGCCGCUGGAUCAAUCAGAUGAUGCCCAUGAAGAUGACCCUGUUCUGUCCAUCUAUGGCUCUGAUCCUACAAGCCCUCACGUGUGAAGGGUCUGCAUUAACCAUCUCUUUUAGGGAGGUGGCCAGCCGGAAGCCAAGCCAGGUGCCAACAUGCUACGAAUUCAUCUUUGUCUCCUAAUGUGAUGUGUCCCAUAUGACAGGCUGUGCCCUGAGGGGAUAUCCCAAUGUGUUCUCAUCAGCAUCCUCUGCCAGGAUCCGAGAAUUGAUUCAUUUGGAGAGCAAAUGGUGGGAUGCUGAGCCAAAGACAAAGCUAGUUUUCCAGUGUCACAGAGGGGUAAGCAUUUCACUUCUUGGAAUGAAGCUAGUUGUGGGCUCCGCUGAACCAAAGAGAAAUGCUAUUUAACCCUCUUGGAGAGCACUUCACUUGCGUACCAGUAUGAAAUCUGCUACUCCUGCCAAUUAAACUUCCCUUCCCCUUCAUUUCACAAAAGCAAAUGGCUUCAGCCAAAAAAGGCUUUGUGCCAUGUCUGCAAUACAAAUUGUUUAUAAGAAAAGAGCAUGUACACUGGAAAAAAAAUACAUUUCCCCAUGAGGCCACAGAGAGCCUCAACAGAAUCUCAUCCCUGCACAGUCAAGGGUCAGAGCCGGUUCCUUCCAGGUAGCCGAUGGCACCAAACCACUGAGGCCUAUUGCAUAUUUGCACAUAAUCUAGUUGGAAUCAUAGAGUUGGCAGCGGCCAUACAAGCCAUCUAGUCCAACUCCCUGCUCAGUGCAGGAUCAGCCUAAAGCCAAAUGUUUUGUCCAGCUGCUGCUUAAAGGUAGCUGUUAAUGCGACUGUGUGUGUGAUUAUUAAAGGGGAAGGUGGUGCA